UCCUCCAAACCGAGCACCAAUGGGAUCCUCAGGAAGGCACAAAAACACACCUUCUGUAGAUAGUUGUCCUUGCGCUGUGCUUGCAAUGCUCAUACAGUAAAUGUGGUGGUGAUAGACUGAUCCACUCCUCUCCUCCAAUAACUUUUACUCCUUUUGAAGCCCCAUACUGGGACACUGGGAUCCAUAGGACAAGCUCAACAGCAAUGAAUGGUGACAACUUCACUCUGAGUGAGAGGAUCGUGUUACCUUCCUACAUUCAACAGGCGUCCCAAGCUCGGCGUGGACAUGAGCAACUUAUCAGGCUACUUUUAGAGCAGGGAAAGUGUCCUGAGGUAGGAUGGAGCGAGAGCACCGUGGAGCUUUUCUUGAACGAGCUGGCCGUCAUGGACAGCAACAACUUUCUGGGAAACUGCGGCGUAGGCGAGAGGGAAGGACGGGUGGCGUCCACCCUUGUGGCAAGACGACAUUACAGGUUGAUCCACGGAAUUGGUCGAUCGGGUGAUAUAGCCGCCGUUCAGCCAAAAGCUGCUGGGUCCAGUCUGCUGAAUAAGUUGACCAACUCACUUGUUCUGGACAUUUUAAGGCUCUCAGGCGUGAGGAGCGUGGCAAGCUGCUUUGUGGUCCCCAUGGCGACCGGCAUGAGCCUGACGCUGUGCUUCCUGACUCUCCGCCAGCGCAGACCAAAUGCACGCUACAUCAUCUGGCCGCGCAUCGACCAGAAAUCAUGCUUCAAAGCCAUGAUCACAGCAGGCUUUGAACCUGUUGUGAUCGAGAAUACCCUUGAGGGUGACGAGUUGAGGACGGACUUGGAAGCGGUCGAAUGUAAAAUCAAGGAGCUGGGAGCUGAGAGCAUCCUGUGCAUCCAUUCCACAACAUCCUGCUUUGCACCGCGUGUCCCCGACAGGCUCGAGGAGCUUGCUAUAAUGUGUGCCAAGUACAACAUCCCUCACAUUGUGAAUAAUGCAUAUGGAGUGCAGUCAUCCAAGUGUAUGCAUCUGAUACAGCAAGGGGCUCGUGUCGGGAGAAUCGAUGCCUUUGUGCAAAGCUUGGACAAGAACUUCAUGGUACCAGUAGGAGGGGCCAUAAUUGCGGGUUUUGACGAUUCCUUUGUGCAGGAAAUUAGCAAGACGUACCCAGGUCGAGCGUCUGCGUCCCCUUCCCUCGACCUCCUCAUCACAUUCCUCACCCUGGGAGCCAGUGGCUAUAAGAAACUAUUGUCAGACAGGAAGGAGAUAUAUCUGCUACUGGCUGAGGAGUUAAAGAAACUGGCCUCUGCGCAUGGGGAGCGAUUGCUUCACACCCCCCAUAACCCCAUUUCACUCGCAAUGUCCCUGGACAGGCUCCAGGCUGGCGGUGACAAGGUGGUGACUCAGCUGGGCUCCAUGUUGUUCACACGCCAAGUUUCUGGAGCCAGAGUUGUGCCGCUGGGCAAGGAACAGACCAUCGGCGGACAUACGUUCCGUGGCUUCAUGUCACACUCGGACGCCUACACAUGCCCCUACCUCAACGCUGCCGCCGCUGUGGGCAUCACUCACGAGGACGUGGCGCUGUGCAUCAAAAGGCUGGACAAGUGCCUGAGGACGCUGCAGAAAGAGGCACACAGUACCUCCCCGCAAAUGCCACCAAGUUAGACCCAGAUACUGUAUGUGUUAAUUUAAGUCAGUUAUGUGUGUAUUUUUAAUGGAGCCAAAUCAAUGUUCAAUCAUAAUCUCAGAACCUUUUUUUUACAUGUUCUUUAAAUUGACUCUGCUAAUAAUAUCCCGACUAGUAAUCAUGAUAAUAAUCUUAGUAUUUGUAGCAGUGUUGUUGACAAACUCCAGAGGCAACAUCACCAACUUCAUGGAUGAGAGAAACGAGGUUUACAUUGGUCAACAAUGUGGCCCGUGACUAAAGGGCCAGGUUUGGUUUCUACCAAUUAUUACAGGCAAUGUCCCUCAUCGUGUGUCUUAGUACUUGCAUAAUGAAAUAAAUGAUAAUGGCAUAAGAACAGAGCCUUGUGGAACUCCAUAAGUAACAUACUCAUACAUU